UAUAUAAGACUCAACAACAUAAGUUUCCUGGUCUCUGCUUUUCCCUUCUUGCAUUGGUGUUCUUUGCUUUUGUUGGUUAUCUUUGAGGGCAAUGGAACGUGGAGUUCUUGAUGGCAUAAUCAAUAGACUGCUUCAAGUCAGAGGGAGACCAGGGAAACAGGUGCAGCUCUCAGAGGGAGAAAUCAAACAGCUUUGUAUGGUUUCUAGGGAUAUCUUCUUGAAGCAGCCCAAUCUCUUAGAACUUGAGGCACCAAUUAAGAUAUGUGGAGACAUCCAUGGUCAAUAUUCUGACCUUCUAAGACUUUUUGAGCAUGGUGGUUUGCCUCCUCGCUCCAACUACUUAUUCUUAGGUGAUUAUGUGGACCGUGGAAAGCAAAGUCUAGAGACAAUAUGUCUUCUUUUGGCCUACAAGAUGAAGUACCCUGAGAACUUUUUCCUUCUUAGGGGAAACCAUGAAUGUGCUUCCAUAAACCGUGUCUAUGGGUUCUAUGAUGAAUGUAAACGAAGAUUCAAUGUCAAGCUGUGGAAAAUAUUCGCAGAUUGCUUCAACUGCAUGCCUGUGGCAGCCAUCAUUGAUGAAAAAAUCUUCUGCAUGCAUGGAGGACUCUCUCCCGAACUGCACAAUCUAAGUCAGAUAAACUCUUUGCCACGUCCAACAGAAGUACCUGACAGUGGUCUACUCUGUGAUCUCUUGUGGUCUGAUCCUAGUAAAGACUCCGAGGGUUGGGGAGAGAGUCAACGUGGAGUUUCAUACACUUUUGGUGCCAGCUUGGUCACACAAUUUCUUGGAAAGCAUGAUCUUGACUUGAUUUGUAGAGCACACCAGGUUGUUGAGGAUGGAUAUGAGUUUUUUGCUAAUAGACAACUUGUGACUAUCUUUUCUGCUCCUAACUACUGUGGAGAGUUUGACAAUGCUGGAGCUAUGAUGACUGUCGAUGAGACACUUAUGUGCUCUUUUCAGAUACUGAGGCCAGUGGAAAACAGAAAGCCUAAGUUUGGUUUUGGGAGCAAAACUUCAUUCAAGCAGGCAAUUCUUGAUGCUGCAAGAGUACGUCCUCAUUGAGCUGACUUAGACCAAUAAUAAAGUUUGUAACAUAACUAAAUUGACUUGAACAAAGUCACAACUCUGUUCACUUCAAUGUGAAGGAAGAUUUCAACCAGCAGUGCAAGUUGAGGUCUAUGAAGAACAUAGGAAAAUUUAUGUUUUCUUUUUAGUAUAGCUCAAUGUCUUUUUAUGUGCUGGAACAUUCUCAUCAUGUACAAUGUUGCCACCACAAUUUGAGGGGUCAGGUUUCACUUUUCCUUUGUUUCAGUUUUUUUAUGUGAGAGACAGUUAUAUGUCCACUGUUGUAUUAUAAAUGGCAGCAUAUGCAUUUUGGCUUUC